GUGUGUUUCACUCAAACUGGUAACAACUCUGGUUUUUUCCUCCAUUCAUUCUCCACUUCAAGUUUUCUUCGUUUUUGAGAUUAAAAAUAUGAAAGUGAAAAUUUUACCUUGUCCUUCUCCUACUUCUCUGAGAAAUCCUAAUAUCACACGUCUUUCUUUCCCCAGAAAGGCACAACCUUUUUCUUCCCAUCUUCCCGGGUUUCACUUUUGUAAAUCUCGUUCUGGGAAAAGUUUGAAUCUUUUUAUCAGGGGUUGUAUCAGUCAGAGCCAGGAAGCAGUUGGUUAUGAUGUGGAAAUCAGUAGGUCUGAUGAUGGGAAUGUAUCUUCUGUUCCUUCGGCCAUGGUCGAAUGUGAAAAAGAUGAGGAGGAAGUGGUGGAAGUUAAGAGAGAGGAGCUGGCGGGUCAGAGUUUGUGGAGCCAAAUGAAGGAGAUAUUGAUGUUCACCGGACCCGCCACGGGACUAUGGAUUUGUGGGCCGUUGAUGAGUCUCAUUGACACGGCGGUCAUUGGUCAAGGAAGCUCAAUUGAACUUGCUGCGUUAGGACCUGGAACAGUUCUAUGUGAUUAUAUGAGCUAUGUAUUCAUGUUCCUUUCUGUCGCUACAUCCAAUAUGGUUGCCACCUCACUCGCCAAACAGGAUAAAAACAAAGUGCAGGAACAAAUAUCUGUCCUGCUUUUUGUUGGGUUGACUGCCGGCUGCUUUAUGCUUUUCUUUACAAAAUGCUUUGGCUUGUCGGCACUAACUGCUUUUACGGGGCCAAAUAAUGUGCAUAUUGUACCAGCAGCAAAUACAUAUGUUCAGAUUCGAGGUUUAGCAUGGCCUGCAGUCCUUGUUGGAUGGGUUGCUCAAAGUGCAAGUCUUGGCAUGAAAGAUUCUUGGGGACCCUUGAAAGCUCUGGCAGUUGCUAGUGCCAUAAAUGGUGUUGGUGAUAUACUACUUUGCAGUGUAUUAGGCUAUGGUAUAGCUGGUGCUGCUUGGGCAACAAUGGUGUCACAAGUUGUUGCAGGCUACAUGAUGAUUGAUAAUCUAAACACGAAAGGAUAUAAUGCAUUUGCCAUAUCCAUCCCAUCAGCUGAUGACCUUCUAACAAUUUUCGGGCUCUCUGCCCCAGUCUUUAUAAUGAUGAUGGCUAAGGUGGCUUUCUAUGCUCUCAUGAUCUAUUUUGCUACCUCUAUGGGCACACAUGUUGUAGCUGCUCAUCAGGUCAUGAAUCAAACGUACAAUAUGUGUACAGUAUGGGGUGAGCCUCUCUGCCAAGCGGCACAAUCAUUCAUGCCUGAGUUGAUGUAUGGAUACAAGAAGAGUUUGCCGAAGGCUCGAACACUACUGAAGUCACUUGGAAUCAUUGGAGCUAUCCUAGGACUGGUGUUAGGAACUAUUGGAACAUCUGUUCCUUGGUUAUUUCCCAAUAUCUUCACACAUGAUCAGAGCGUCAUACAAGAGAUGCGCAAAGUGCUGAUACCAUAUUUUAUUGCCAUAGCUGUGACACCAUCCACUCUCAGCCUUGAGGGAACAUUGCUGGCAGGGCGAGAUCUCAAGUUUCUUAGCUUAUCCAUGAGUGGAUGCUUCUCUUUGGGUGCUCUUGGACUACUGCUUGUAAGCAGCAGCACAUCAUUUGGCCUGCCAGGCUGCUGGUGUGCACUCGUAGGAUUUCAAUGGGCACGAUUCUUCCUUUCUCUCCAACGACUUCUUUCCCCUGAUGGAAUACUUUUCUCCGAAGAUUUUAGUCAGAACAAACCGGAGAAGCUGAGAGCUGCUUAGUUUGUUUUGAAGGCUUUUAGUGAAGUUUAGUAAGAGGUGACGAUCACUGGCUUCACAAUUUGCACGACCACCACAGAACCAGCUGCUUCCUCCAAUUGCUUCACCACAUUUUAUCUCCCCUGGACGUGCCCUGUGUAAUUUAAUAUGCUCAAGAAUUCCAAGUCAACAACAGACAUUACCAAACGCUGACUUGUGGCCAAAGGCUCAAUGAUCAACAGGGAAAAAUAAUAUUGCAUUAGAAAAAAAAUAAAAUAAAAUAAAGGCAUAACAAUAUGAACAUCUUGAUUUUCUUUUCUUUUUACCUAAUAACUAGUGUUUUUUAAUAUAAGUAUUUUAUAAUU